CUUGUCUUGUCUCGUGCAUUAUACUCGAAGGGAGUCCCGGCACAGGUCUCGUCCAUCCACUGCCACAAAAACCAAAACGAAGAGGUAGACGUGGACUUGAGCGCUCGCCGGCGGCUCAUCUGCGCCAGUAUUCUCUGCCUCACCUUCAUGCUCUUCGAGCUCAUCGGCGGCAUUUUGGCGAACAGUCUGGCGAUAGCGACGGAUGCGGCGCACCUCUUAACAGACUUCGCCAGCUUCAUGAUAAGCCUGUUCUCCCUGUGGAUGGGUGCCAGACCCGCCACGAAACGCCUCAGUUUUGGCUGGUACCGCGCAGAGGUGAUCGGCGCGCUGACAUCUGUGAUUAUGAUCUGGGCCGUCACCGGCGUGCUGGUCUACAUGGCCAUCCAGAGGAUGAUCAACAAGGAGUACAACAUCGACGCCACCAUCAUGCUCAUAUCCGCCUCCGUCGGCGUCGUGGUCAACAUAAUCAUGGGCGUGGCGCUGCAGAUACACCCGACGAGCCCCCUGGGCCACAGCCAUGGGUCCGAGGAUUCGACGCGCCGCUUCGAGCUGCCCUCGACUGAACCAUUCGUGCCGCAUGGCGCCAGCAGCAGCGAGAUGGACUCGUCGCGACAGUACAACCACCUGAACGACGUCCGUGGCGUCGGCUCGCGCACAGCGCUGGGCACAGGCAGCCUACAAGCGAUGAGUCCACAGCACGUACUCGAUGUUGGAACCAGCGGUCACAGCGCCAGCGCCCCAUCCAUGUCGUCGCCGCCGUACAACCAGUCCAGUCCGGAAACGCCGCCGGUGCACCACACCGAUACCUUGGACCGCGACAAAGCCGUGACUCCUCGGAAUCACAAGACCGAACAACGGGUCACGACGGCGAACGCUGGGCCGCCCGAAAGCCAACAGGCAAAAUCCUCGAGCAACUCGGAAGACAACGGCGCGUUAGACUCCGGGAUGCGACGACACUUCGACAGCAGCGCCAACGGAAACGUCUUGGACAACGCCUUGGCUGCGCCCGGGACUGCCGCAGUUAAUGCGUCCGUCGGUGUACACGAUCUUUUAACGUCGCCGCCGGGUGGUCAAAAUAUACAGCAGAAGGCGUCCUGCAGUCAUCCCGCAAGCGCGACGACCCCGGCGCAGUCGCCGCCGCAACACGGCGCGGUCGCCGACUCGCAGGCGCCCGAGGCCGGCCACGUCCUCCCAGCUAUGCCGGCGCCGCGUAGCGAGAGCCGCGGCGUGAUGAACAUCAACGUGCGCGCCGCCUUCAUCCACGUGCUGGGCGACCUGAUCCAGAGCGUGGGCGUGCUCAUCGCGGCCAUCGUCAUCUACUUCUGCCCGAGCUGCGGCGUCGUCGACCCGGUGUGCACGCUCAUGUUCUCGGUCAUCGUGCUGGUCACCACGCUGACCAUCCUGCGGGAGGCGCUCAACGUGCUCAUGGAGGGCAUCCCGCACAGCGUCGACUACCUCCAGGUCAAGCGGCUCCUGCUCUCCGUCGACGGCGUGGCGCGCGUGCACGACCUGCACAUCUGGGCGCUGAGCCUCGACAAGAUCGCCGUCUCUGCGCACGUCGUGCUCGUUCCUGGUGCGGAUGCCAUGUCAGUGCGGCGCAAUGCCUCCAGGACGAUUCGCCGCAACUUUGACGUCUUCAAGCUGACUCUGCAGAUGGAAGAGUUUGAAGAAGGCAUCCGACAACACUGUCGGCGAUGCAGUGAGCUUAGCUGAGGCGCAUCAACACUGCGAUUUCAAGCCUGGUGUUUGUUCUGGGCCUCCACAAUGCGGCACUCAUUAGAGCUAUUAUAUGUUACUUCGAUUACUAAUGUUUUACCAAGUAAAAAUGCGUUUUCACAAACAAGAUUAAUUGUAAAUGCCUACAAGCGGCCAUUCUCGUAGAAUGAAAUAUUGUGAAGCAUAUAUUGAUAUCAUGCACGUGAGUACACGUGUAGUAAUGUCUCAAGUUUGUCAACACGGACGUUGUGCGAUUUGAGACUUCAGGUUCAGCGCCUACAUAACAGUAAAUAUUUUCUGAAGAGAAGUGGUGUACUGAGUGAGCUCGUAUAG